AUGAUACGCGGCGUACGAGGCGUACGAGGUGUUACUGGGUGCGCCAUUGAGCCUCAUCGAGGUGUGACUCUGCAAACCCCCCUAGAAAUUCGACUCGUACGAUCCGAUCGACGUGUUGUUAUUGUGCUGGACUCGGCACUGCGAGUCGCAUACGGAGCUCCGUACGGGGAAACAAAUCACGGUUCCCCUUGCUCCAAUCUCGACUGUGGCCCGAAUGAGUGUGCGAGAUGGGGGCAAGGCGACGACGCAGACAAGGCCGUGCCGGGAAGCCGAUUCUUAUUUACCAUGACGUAUUCGCCGUUCGAGACUGCGAGACUGCGAGACUCGAGACAACCUAGACCACCGACGACGCGAAAGCGAAAGCGAGAGCAGCCAAUCGCAACUGGGGACCGGCCGGACUUCAAGUCGUAUCCAAUCCGAAAACAGGCACCGUUUCGAGAUGACAAGCGGAGCGUGGCCAACGAAGCCAACUCCGGUCCCCACCCUUCGGCCGACAAAGUAGGUCUGGCUGACCACAGACCAGCAAGCGCACGCCUCGAGAUGAGGCUACGGCCUCGGGCUACUGCAAGACCCCGAAACUUCCUUCGACUGCCUGCAGCAGCGAUGUGAGGUGCGAACCUGUGUGAGAUCGGCGGAUGGGAGACAUGCAUCGGCAUGAGUCAAGUGCUUACACCGGGCGCUGCCGGGGAUGGCUCCCCUCGGAGGCGUCAUGAGCGUCGGAAUUGUGAACGGAGUUGGGGCCAAAGCCACAUGGCGGGAGGUUAUCGAUCCGAGCCAGAUCGCCAAGUUGCGUCUGAG